AUGAUAUUGGAUCAAAUCGUUGAGAAAUGUGCUUCGGUAAAGCUUCGCCAAAAGAUGCUCAAGAAGGAUAUGACUCUAGAAGAGGUUGAGGCAAUUGGAACCAGCAUGGAAGAAAGUGAGAAAAAGCUGAAGGAUUUUGAGGAUGUCAAAGUAGCUGAAGAUGUGAACAGAGUAUCUGGAAAGAAAAUGGUAAACGAACCGGACCGUGACUUGAAUGCGCGACAAAAAUGGAUAAAGCGGGAUAAUACUCAAGCAUAUCGGUCAAACCAACGGAACUGGAAUGGAAAACGCUCGGAGCCUGUGUGUUUUGCCUGUGGUCGUCGUGGUCACGUAAUGGGAGCCGCAUACUGUCCUGCCAAACAAGCUGCGUGUUUAAAUUGCAAAAGAAUUGGACAUUUUGCGAGGCAAUGUCGCAAGCGCCCUAACAGAGACCCUCGAUCAGAGCCAGCUGCAAAAAGGGUACGAGUGGUUCAGGACACUGGUUCUGAAGAUAACAAGGAGAGCGAUUAUAUGUUUUACGCUAUGGGCAACAACACCUUUACAUUCUCUGUGGGAGGAGUGGAAAUACCCAUGGUAAUUGAUUCCGGAGCUGCUGCAAAUAUAAUAAAUCAAUUAACAUGGAUGGACAUGAAGCGAAAGGGAGUUGUGGUUCGGAACAUGGCAACUGAAAUUGACCGUGCUCUUACGUGUUACGGAUCAGAGGAACCAAUGGAAAUUACUGGCUGCUUUACGGCAACUAUUGCGGGCGGAGGGCAUGAGACGGAAGCACAAUUCUAUGUUGCAAAGAGAGGUCAGCAAUGUCUCCUAGGAGAUGAGACAGCCAAAUCACUCUAUGUUUUGAAAAUUGGAUUUGACGUCGGCCGUGUUUCGGAGGAAGCUACGAUAGAAUUUCCAAAGAUCAAGGAUGUUGUCGUUGAGAUACCAGUGGACCGGAACGUUCAGCCCGUUCGCCAAGCUUAUCGACGUGUUCCUUAUGCUCUGGAAGACAAGGUGGAGGAAAAAUUGGAUAUGCUGCUUACGCAAGGGAUAAUUGAGCGAGUUCACGAACCAUCUCCUUGGGUCUCACCACUAGUUCCUGUACUGAAGGACUCGGGAGAUGUUCGGCUGUGCAUCGACAUGCGUCGGGCAAACAAAGCCGUCUUGAGGGAGGCUCAUCCUUUGCCUUUGGUGGACGAGCUGUUGGGAUCCGUUGAUGGAGCGACUGUUUUUUCUAAAAUUGACAUAAAGGAGGCCUAUCAUCAGAUGGAGAUUUCUAAGGAGUCACGACCAAUCACCACAUUUAUUACGAAGACCGGGCUGUACAGAUAUGAGAGGUUGAUGUUCGGCGUUUCGUGUGCUCCAGAAAUUUUCCAGAAAACUAUGGAAGCCAUUUUGGCCGGAUUAGAAGGGAUAAUUAUAUAUCUAGACGACAUUGUAGUGUUCGGCGAAACGAGAGCAGAGCAUGAUAAAAGGUUACAAGCGUUGCUCAAGAGGCUGGAGCAAUAUGGUGUAUUGCUUAACGAGCAAAAAUGCGUAUAUGGUGUGACCGAAAUUGAGUUCCUAGGACACGUUCUGAAUUCGGAGGGAGUGAAACCAACGGAAAACCGGGUCAUGGCCAUAAAAUGUUUCCGAGAACCUAAAAAUGUUUCGGAACUUAGAAGUUUCUUAGGCUUGGUUACAUAUGUUGGUCGAUUUGUGUCUAACCUUGCUGGCAAAACGGAACCGCUGCGGAAACUUCUGCGAACCGGAUCAAUAUUCCGGUGGAAACAGGAACAAAAUGCAGCAUUCCAAGAUAUCAAAGCAGCAGUGUGUAACAUCGGAUAUCUGGGGUUCUUCAAUCGUGGUGACCGAACAAAACUAGUGACAGAUGCAAGCCCGGAAGGUUUGGGUGCCGUACUUUUGCAGGAAAACGAGAAAGGGGAAACCAGAAUAAUCGCUUUUGCUAGCAAGGCGUUAACUGAUCUGGAGCGUAAAUACUUUCAGACACGAUUUCAACUAAUUACUGAUUGUAAGGCUUUAAAAUAUCUUUUUAACCCUCGAUCACGCCCUUGUCCGAGAAUCGAGCGUUGGGUCUUGCGGCUUCAGGCUUAUGAUUACGAGAUUAUUUACGAACCAGGAUCGAGUAAUCUCGCUGAUUCGUUAUCUCGAUUGUCGGUGCGUUCCCCGAAAGCAUUCGACAUAUCAACAGAUGCCUACAUUCGUCAGUUGAUAGAACACUCAAUUUCCGAUGCUGUAGUAUUAAAUGAUGUCAUACAAGCGACCAAGAAUGAUACGACGCUCCAAGAGCUUAUGCAAGCUUUGGAAACAGAUGUAUGGCCAACGAGCGUCAAGGGUUAUAAGCAGUUCAAAACCGAGCUUCACACGGCGGCUGGAGUUAUCAUGCGGGGAGAUCGUUUAGUCAUCCCAGAAAUUCUUCGAUCUCAAGUUAUUGUAUGCGCACAUGAUGGACAUCCUGGGAUGACCGUUAUGAAACGCCGUCUACGUCAAAAAGUGUGGUGGUUGAAAAUGGACGACCAAGUGGAUAAAUACGUCAAAAGUUGUAAUCUUUGCACCAUGGUGUCAACGGUUGGACCUCCCGAGCCUAUGCAAAGAACCAAGAUGCCUACAAAAGCGUGGUCUGAGGUUGCCAUUGAUUUUUUGGGACCGCUUCCUAAUGGAUACAAUUUGCUAGUGCUGAUUGACUACUUUAGUCGGUUUGCGGAGGUCAUUAUCAUGAAGCAGACAACAGCAGAGUUAACGGCGAAGGCUCUUUUCGAAACUUUCAGUCGUUUCGGAAUUCCGGAUAUACUUCGAUCUGACCACGGGCCACAAUUUAUAAGUGAAUCAAUGAAAAGGUUCUGCAAGGAAUUCGGCAUUCAGCAGCAGCGAACAACCCCAUAUUGGCCACAGGCCAAUGGAGAGGUCGAGCGUAUGAACAAUACAAUUUUGAAACGUUUGCGCAUAAGUCAAGAAUCGCAAAAUGCUGACUGGAGAUGGGACCUUAGAAACUUUCUACUUAUGUACAACUCCACACCACACACUACAACUGGAGUUGCUCCUUCAGUGCUGAUGUUCGGAAGGAUCCUAAGAGAUAAACUGCCAAGUGUCACGGGAAGAGUGGACCAAAUGACUGAGGGGAUAAGAGACCGAGAUUGGAGUUUAAAACUACAGGCAGCGGAGUCAACGAACAAACGGAAAGAUGCAAAGGAAAAUACGUUGAAGGUUGGUGAUUUGGUGAUAGCGAAACGGACUAUGAGAGAGUAUAAGUUGUCCAGCAAUUUUGGAUCAGAGCUGUUUGAAGUCAUCAGCCGCUCAGGAUCAGAAGCCAAAAUCUGCUCUAGAUCGACAGGAAAAACUUACAACCGAAACGUUUCUCAUCUGAAGCCGAUUGUUUUAGAAACACAUGAUGAACCCGAAGCUGACCCAGUAAAGCAAAAGGAAGGCACUGAUAAUCCUCUAGUGAAGGAUACACCACAGGAAAAUGAAGACCAGAUGCCAACUGAAAAGAAUGUUGAAGCAAAUUUGGACUUCCACCGGCUGUCGGAGCAACAGAAAAACCUCACAGAGCAACUGAAUGCCAACACGCAGGUGAUUCAUCAAUUCACACUGCAUCAGAGUAAACCCAGUAUAGUCAAUGAAGGGCUCGAGGUUCUGCUAACCAGCAUAAAAAAUGAGCUAUCUGCAAUAAACAAAAACAGCAGUUUAGCUGGCAGUGUAACCAAUGACAGAAUUUCAAAGUCGUUGGAAUCUGUGACGUCUGGGCUGGCCGGUGAUCUGCGUAAUAUCAACGCAGAAAUAUGUCAGCUCAAUCAGCUGGCAAUUGAUGCAGCCGCCACAUCAACAAUGACUACUAACCCGAUUCUAGAGCUCAAUAUUCUUGAUGAGCUGAAGUCAUUGUCAGCUCAUAUAAUGACUUCGCAGAACCCCGCGCCUUCGCCCGAACCAUCUGAUCCAUACACCAAUUUGGAAGACGAAAUAAACAACACCGACGUAUGGCGUCUUCUAGGCACCAGAAAG